CUGUGAACCUUCAGAGCGUGACUCACCUUUCCUCUGAGCUGGGAAAACGGGCAAGGUUGCGCGAAUUUAGCCUGGAGGAAUCCCACCCGGCCGCGCCCUCUUCCGGACCGUUUCACCAUUCCAGUAACGAUGUUUCGUUGAUUUAACCAACAGGGCCGUCUGUGGUAUGUAAAAACCUGGUCAGUUAUCACUAGGAGGGUGGGCACGAGGUCAAGCGGAUGAAAUGUAAACAUAAACACAGCAACAGCAUUCCAGCUGGAAGCCGUCAUUUUAUUUCCCUCACAGCUGUUGCAAGCAUUUAUACGCUAAUUAUCCAAUUAUUACUAAUAACACGCGACUGAAUAGUUCUUCCCCAGACAGACUGUCUGAUUUUGAAAGUCUGCUAAGCGCUUAAAUUGUUAUAUGUGAAGGGACGGAGAGUCUUAAACUGGACUUAUGGUCAGCCAUGCGCCGCUCUAAAUGCUCUUGGUAACCUUGGUGUAUGACUUCAAAUUAAAUUGUCGUAGAAGUAGAUUAAUGCCCUCCUCUGACACUAAAAAUAAAAGGUAAACAUGCCCAUAUUUCGAAUAAGUGCUGGUUUUCAAGCCGCCACAGACCUCGCGCCGGUCUGCAACCGGUGCUGGGCCAGCGCUAGAGUAGAGAGCUAAAUCUGUUUUGAGCCACUAAAGUACCGCCCUUAUUCGAUCGCGCUGCAUCCCAUUGGUGGAUCGGCGACGUGAGAAACCAACACGGCUCCCUCUUUACCAAACUAGGCUGCGGAGGCUGUCCAGAAACCGCGUCCACUGCCCAGCCGCAACGAUCAGCGUCACCGGAGAGUGCGGGACCAGAGGUCUCAGCAAAACGAAGACACACCAAAGGAACCGCACGGGUCUGCUAGUUACGCUUUGCAAAGCGGGACAUCUAAUUUUUUAGGGACUAUGCAUCUCGUUCAACUUUAUUAACUGCAUUAUCGAAUGAGGACAUUGAUUAUACACUUAAUUGUGGGACGACUGACAGAGGGCGUGCAAGCCAACUUACUUUUUGUGGUCAGUUCCCCACCCCAGCGGCUCGGACAGGGGUACAUUUCUUGAAAGCCCUGCGAAGCGAUUUUAGUCGGAAUCUGAGAGACAAAUCUUACAAGGGGAUUUAAAACCAACGCAAUCAUGCGGUGGAUUUCUUGUUUGGAUAUUGUGGUGCUUUUGUCCAUGUCUGUGCUUCUUAGCCAGCUGGGAGUUGCGCACACAUUUGGGGAUGAAGAAGAAAUGACCUGCGAUCCUAUCCGGAUCUCCAUGUGUCAGGACUUGGGAUACAAUGUAACGAAGAUGCCCAAUUUGGUCGGCAAUGUGCUCCAGUCCGACGCAGAACUGCAACUCACCACUUUCAACCCGCUGAUACAGUACGGGUGUUCGAGUCAACUAAAGUUUUUCCUGUGCUCGGUGUACGUCCCCAUGUGCACGGACAAGGUCCCCAUCCCCAUUGGUCCCUGCGGCAGCAUGUGCCUGUCCGUCAAGCGCAAGUGCCUGCCGGUGCUGAAGGAGUUCGGCUUCGUGUGGCCCGAGGUGCUCAACUGCAGUCUGUUCCCGCCGCAGAACGACCAGAACCACAUGUGCAUGGAGGGUCCGGCGGAGGACGACGGGCCGUACCACACCAUCCGCACCCACCCGCCCAUGGAGGAGGAGUGCCAGACGCUGGGCUCGGCGCCCGACCAGUACGCCUGGGUCAAGCGAAGCCACAGCUGCGCCCUGCAGUGCGGCUACGACGCCGGGCUGUACCGGCGGCAGGCCAAGGUGUUCACGGACGUGUGGAUGGCGGCGUGGGCCGUGCUCUGCUUCGUCUCCACCACCUUCACCGUGCUCACCUUCCUGGUGGACUCGUCGCGCUUCUCCUACCCGGAGCGGCCCAUCAUCUUCCUCAGCAUGUGCUACAACAUCUACAGCGUGGCGUUCGUGGUGCGGCUGACGGUGGGCCGCGAGCGCAUCUCCUGCGACCUGGACGAGGCGGCCGUGCCCAUCCUGGUCCAGGAGGGCCUGAAGAACACGGGCUGCGCCAUCGUCUUCCUCCUCAUGUACUUCUUCGGCAUGGCCAGCUCCAUCUGGUGGGUCAUCCUGACGCUCACCUGGUUCCUGGCGGCCGGCCUCAAGUGGGGCCACGAGGCCAUCGAGAUGCACAGCUCCUACUUCCACAUCGCCGCGUGGGCCAUCCCGGCCGUCAAGACCAUCGUCAUCCUCAUCAUGCGGCUGGUGGACGCCGACGACCUGACGGGCCUCUGCUACGUGGGCAACCAGCACCUGGACGCGCUGACCGGCUUCGUGGUGGCGCCGCUCUUCACCUACCUGGUGAUCGGCACGCUGUUCAUCGCGGCGGGCCUGGUGGCGCUCUUCAAGAUCCGCUCCAACCUCCAGAAGGACGGCACCAAGACGGACAAGCUGGAGCGGCUCAUGGUCAAGAUCGGCGUCUUCUCGGUGCUCUACACGGUGCCGGCGUCGUGCGUCAUCGCCUGCUACUUCUACGAGAUCUCCAACUGGGCCGACUUCAAGCAGUCGGCGCGCGACUCCUACAUGGGCGCCGAGAUGCUGCGCAUCUUCAUGUCGCUGCUGGUGGGCAUCACCUCGGGCAUGUGGAUCUGGUCGGCCAAGACGCUGCACACCUGGCAGAAGUGCUCCAACCGCCUGGUGACCUCGAGCAGGACAAAGCGGGGCAAGCGGGCGGCGGGCAAUGGCUGGGUCAAGCCGGUCAAGGGGAACGAGACGGUCGUGUGAGGAGCGACGGAGGAUAGAGAGAGAGAGAGAGAGAAAUAGAGAGAGAGAGAGAGAUUAAACUGAGAGCGAGAAGACAGAGAGGGGGGGCCGAGACUUAAGGACCCAGAGGAGGAACAAAACCCAAAAUUAGACUGAGACCCUUGGACAGGUGGCGUGGCUCUCGUGGGAGAUCAAGUGGUCGCGAGCGGCGGAGAUGCUGGAGCUGGACUCAGGACGGAGGACUGUGAGCGCUCCCCGGGUUUAACCGCUCAGUCGCCCGGCUCUACGGAUCGCACGGAUGUAACUUACCCGGGAGGCCCCCCUGGGGAAGAAUAUUUGGGACUCUCUAGUGAAGAGAACUGGACUGAGGAGGUGUCAGGGGAUCACUCAGUCAGGGGGAUACCUAAGAUAGCUCCCGCGCGCUGUACUCGAGCCGAGUGCUGAGAGGCUCGCCGGCUGCAGCCAGAAAGCCAACAGUGCCCCCUUGUGGUCGCCGUUCAGCAUGGGUGACGGUGAAGCGGCAGUAGAGGAACUGAGCAGGUGCCCUUUUGGGUGUGAUCCCCUGGCCUCUGUGAUGUUGAUUAAGGUGUUUUUUUGUGAGAUUCUUUGUACACUGGACGGUCAAAGCGCUGAAGACUUGCAGAUGACUAUGCUAAAUAAAUCCAGUGCAGCCUAACUGAGACGAGAGAGAAAAAAAAAUGCACUAUGAAAUAUUUUCUAUGGAAAUGGUUAUUACAGUAGAAGUGCCUUGAUCAUGAUUACUUUUUGGUGUAGUCAGAAAUGUCUGGUGCUACUUGUUUCAUUACUGUGGUAAUUGUUGUGACGCAAAGGCACCUGGGAAAUGUAGGCCUUUCACUACUCUGCAAACAGGACAAUUUUACCUCUUGUUUUGGUCACAGGAGUCAACCUGAUGACGUUCAUUGCUUCCUGAGAUUCCCAGUUUAGGCUGUGCUCUUGAUAACCUCCCUAGCCCCAUAAAGAACGAUGGACUUUUAUUUUUUCUGUAUUCUCCGAUGUAAAUUUUUAUAAUUUAUAGUCUUCAGAUAGUCUUACAGAAAAGACGUGGUAUCAAUCUCCACAGACACGGUCCACUGUAACACAGACCAGCACAAACACACAAAACAUGAUUUGCGAACCUAAACACGGACAUACACCCACACACUCAGAGAGAGGGUGGGCCAACACAGGAGGUCUUUAGAAGUUAAUUUUAUAAUUUUAGUGAAUUCCCAUCAAGUGUGACUGAAGCUAAUGCGUUCUCUAGGCUUAGCAUGAGUAGAUGAACCAGAUUUUGUUGUAUGUUCAGCCGACCAACCUCCCACCUCCAAGUGGCUAGACAAUCUACAGUGGCUUCCACUGCCUCUAUGAAGUUAUGAAUGUAGAAGAAAUUUAUUUUUGCAUUUCAAAAAGUGCCUAGGACAACUAUGCUGUUGGAAGAAGCAAAGCCCGAGACACUAGACACUAUGAAGUACUUUUUUUUUUACAGUGGAUUUGUAAAGGAACAGGUAUUUUUGUUAUUAAUGUAUUAUAAAAUGCUAAUUUAUCUUUGUACAAACUCCAAAAUACUAAAAAGCAAGUUUGUUUAUUUAAGAAUGUUUUUUGUAUCAGAAGAUGAGAAAUUAAACUUUGGUGUUAAACCUGA